AUGGCCGCCAGUAAGGGCCGCUACUGGCGGGAUCUGGAGGUCGAGGCCCUGCUUGACCUCCUUCUGCAGAGUGGGCGUGCCAGCCGCAUAAUGGGCAGCCACCACCUGCCCACAAAGGCCAUUUUCGCCAGGGUUGCCCGACAGCUGGCUGCGAAGGGUUGGCCCAGGACCGCGGACCAGUGCAGGUCCAAGUUCAAGCGGGUCAAGGCCGACUUCUUUGCAGCCAUGGAGCAGUGGCAGGGCAUCCCUAGAAUGAGCGCCAGGCCGCCGUUCUUUGCGGACAUGCGACGGCUCUGGGAGGCGGCUGGCAGGCCUAGCUGGGAGGACCGGAGGCAGGCAGCAGGGCAGGGGGAGCAAGGGAUUCCGCCAGCCGAGCCACCAGCAGGCGAGGAGGAGGCACAGGAAUGGGAGGCGCCACCUCCACAGGGAGAGGAGUGGCUGGUGGAGGUGGAGUUGGAGGAACCCGCAGAUGCACGGGGGCGCGAAGGCCGUGGUGUUCCCGAGGAAGCACUGGAGGGGGCGGCCAGGGGCUCGUCCGUUGCCGGGCAGAGCGGGCAACCACCUUCCGCCGCGAGGCGGCCGACAGAAGAACCGGUGUUGGCCCCUGGCGAGGGGACUCCCGCCACCACGGAGGAGCCAACGACGAGCCGAGCGGCGGCCCGUGCACCGGCUUCCCAAGAGGGGGACGGCACCAUCCUUGAAGCCAUCAAGGGCCUGGAGGGGCGGAUGAUGCUCUCCCUGAACACGCUGCAGGGCAGGAUGGACACGGUCGAGCGCCUCCUGCUCUACCAGGGACGGAAACACCGGGCACUCGAGAGACGUGUGCGGGCCUUGGAGGGACAACUGUCCGCACUACUGCCAGCGGCCACCGAGCAGUGAUGGGACU